AUGAGAGCUCUCGUCCUGCUGGAAAAAGGGAGCGCUGCUGUCAAGGAGCAUCCCGUUCCAGAAGUCGGCGAUGACGAUAUACUCGUCAAGACGGUAGCAGUCGCUCAGAAUCCUACCGAUUGGAAGUUUGUCGACUCCGGGAGGGGGAACCCAGGGUCCGUCAUCGGCUGCGACUGGUCCGGCCACGUCGUGCGCGUCGGUAAAAACGUCUCUACGCCCAAGGUCGGUGACCACGUCGCCGGCUUCGUCAUGGGCUCGACGUUCCCCGACAGCGGCGCGUACGCCGAGUACGUGAAGACCCCCGCGGAACUCGCAUGGGUUGUCCCCGAGGGGACGCUGACACACGAGGAGGCGGCGACCUUCGGCUGCGCCUUUUGGACCGCAGCCCAAGCAUUGUACCACCCCAAGCGGCUCGGGCUAGUCGAACCGCCUGCGAAGGUUACCGACGAGGAGUGGUUGUACAUCCAUGGCGGAGCUUCCGCCGUCGGACAGUUCGCGAUCCAGCUCGCUGCGCUCUCCGGAUACAGAGUCGUGACGACCGCUUCGCCCAAGAAUCAUGAGCUCGUCAAGUCCCUCGGUGCCUCGGAGGUAUUCGACUACCGAGACUCAGAGGUCGUGUCCAAGAUCAAAGCUGUGACUCGGGACUCGAUCCGCGUCGCGUUCGACACGAUUAGCUUGCAGGAAUCGCAGAGCAUCAGCGCGGCGGUCAUUGCGCCGACUGGUGGGAAGGUGAUGCAUAUCUUGGCCGUGAUCCCGGAGGCUACGGCGAGGAAAGACGUCGUGCGCGAAUAUACCAUCAUAUACUCUGCCUUGGGCCGCGCAUACACGUACGCAACUGGGCAGCAUGCAUCUGCUGUACCGGAGGACAGGGCGCAAAUCGUCGAGUUCUUGAAGAAAGUACCUGGGCUCGUCAAGGACGGUCAGGUCAAGCCACUCCCGAUCAACUUAUGGGAGGGAGGCUUGGACAGCAUCCCCGCUGGCUUGCAAUACAUGAAAGAGGGCAAGGUCAGCGCCGAGAAAAUAGUAUAUAGGAUUUGA